UAUAACAGUAAACAAUGACUUUCCAUUAAUUACUGUGGAGAUCAGUAUGUAUAUCAUCAUGUUAGAUACUUCUACCCAACCAACUGCUGUAAUAACGUCAAGUAUUACGGAAAAUAAUUUAGAAGUUUCUGUUUCAAUUAUUUCAUCUGUGACUUCCUAUUAUCCUACCAUGUUUUCACAUACACUCUCUUCCUCAUCAUCAUCCUCAUCAUCAUCCUCACCGAAAUUAGCAAUUGUUACUGAAACAAUGAACAAUAGACAGAUAGCCCAAGUACCUAGUCCCUCACCCACACAUAGCACAAUAAAGCUGACUAAUUCCCUAAUAUCCUCUGCUAGUACAUUUGUCAUAUUAUCAACUGUACCACUCACUUCAACCACUCAAUCAAGUGAUUUAUUUCUAGUUGGUGGAAUUAUAGUGGGAGUGGUCUGUAUAAUUCUUGUAUGUACAUGUCUACUAAUAAUAGCAUGUAUUAUUGUUUGUAUGAAGAAAAGAUCAAAAUCAUCAUCUAAAAGUAAUCCUAAGGAACUAAGCACAUCUUUAAGGAUUUUAACAACAUCUACAAAUGAUGAUCAUGAUACUAAUAUUGAUAUCUUGAAGGAUAAUCCAGCAUAUGUUACAACUACUGGAUCUACUUUUGGAUCUACAACACUACAGGAUAAUCCAGCAUAUGCUCUAACUGCUGGAUUUACUUUUGAAUCUACAACUCUACAAGAUAAUCCAGCAUAUGUUACAACUACUGGUUUUACUUCUGGAUCUCCAACACUACUGGAUAAUCCAGCAUAUGCUAGUGUUAGUAACACAGUACCAGUGGAUGAUGAUACACUGUAUAUGCAUGGAAGCAACAAUAGCUCUGUUUUAUACAGCGCAAUAAGGAAUCCAAAUCAAAGUUAACAAUGAUGAUUACGUAUAGCAAGGACUUUUUUGGUAAUACUACAUUGUCUAUUUUGUUUAUUUCAA